AUGGAAGAUCAAAAGGUACUUGUGAUCGUCAAACUCAUAGAUGCUGCUCUAUUCACCUUCUUCCUAGUUAUGUCCCUAGUAUUUCCUGUACUUGAUGCACUAAUGCUUCUUCCCCCAAAUAUUCAUCACAAAUUAUGGGUUGCUGUAUUCAAGAGACCUCCUAAUAACACUACGGAACUCAACAGAUUUAUAUGGGCCGAAUUCCUCUUCCAGUGGCCACUAAGGAAUGGUAAUCGAUCUAGGUUUUGGUGGGAUAGAUGGUUAAAUUCAGCUACUCCACUUAUUGCGCUUGCUCGAGGACCAAUUCCGGAGAAUCAAUUGAAUGCUACUGUUUUAUUUUAUGCAACGAAUGAUGGAAGGUGA